AUGGCUCCACGAGGGAGACAAAAGACUGCCCCCUCCAAGGGCGACAGUGUUCAAUCAACGACGCCCCGUCCGCCAGAUUGGCCUCCUCUCGCUCCGCUCGUGCCUCAGGAGCAUCUGUUUGUCGAGACAGUGGUGCCUGGCCAGAUCUUGGUCAUCCGCAACCUGUUCACUUCCAACUUGUGCAAAAGCUAUGUGUCUUUCCUGUCUUCCUUGCCCUUGACGACGACGCCAGGGAAGCCGAAGCGAGGGGAGGCGACCCGGGUCAAUGACCGGUUCCAGAUUGACGACUCCAAUUUUGCCAAAAUGCUGUGGGAGCGCAGUGGGAUGCAAUACCUCGUCAGCUCCUUCGAAGAUCAGGCCGUGUUUGGAGGCAGGGUGCUCGGACUUAAUCCCAACAUAAGAAUAUAUCGGUAUCGUCCGGGUCAAUUCUUUGACAAGCAUUAUGAUGAGAGCAAUAAAUUACAAUUUGGCAAGGAAAAGCUCCCUGCCAAAACCACCUGGACCCUCCUUAUCUAUCUUACAACGUGUGAAGGCGGUGAGACCGCAUUCUACCCGGAAGCCUUGAAGAAAGGCGAGAGAUCACCAGAGCCGAUUACGGUCGAGCUUGAGACCGGCAUGGCCCUCCUCCACAAGCAUGGCGAUGAUUGUCUGCUGCAUGAAGGCAAAGAGGUCAAGAAGGGCGAGAAGUGGGUGUUGAGGAGUGAUCUUGUGGUGCAGAGGUAA